AUGGGAAAUCUGCAAAAGGGCGACAUGCCAUCUCCCCCACUGCCAAAAGUCAGACUCUCCCUGUGGCAUCGCAUCAAUUGCUUCAUCUGGUUGUGGGCUUUCAAAUUCUUUGCCAUUACAUUCUUUGUUGUGCGCAGGUUUCUGUACCCCCUGGGGCCUGCAACUCGACCAGCACUCAUUAAAUACUAUCCAUGCCGAUCGCGUCUCCAGUGCCGAAUCUUUUUCCCGCCAGGUUAUAAGCCUGGGCAGCUUCUUCCUUUGUAUUUCAACAUUCAUGGUGGUGGCUUCGCUUCAUUUGAUGCAGAGCUGGACGAUGGAUUCUCUUCGUCCUGGGCAGCACGAACUGGAAUGAUGGUUGUGAGCCUCAGCUAUCGGAAAGCCCCAUUGUAUCCAUUCCCAACUGCAUCUUACGACAUUCAUGCGCUUGCCACUGCCAUUCUCGCAGAUGAAACUCUACCAAUUGAUCAAGACCGGGUGGUGAUAGGAGGCUUUAGCGCAGGGGGCCAAUUAGCACUUUCAGCGUCGCAGCUUCCUGGCCUGAAGGGCAUCGUCAAGGCUUCUAUCAUCUAUUAUCCUACGGUUGAUUUUAGUAUCCCGCCAGAUGAGAAACUGGCUCUGCGGCCAUAUUCCGACGGACCUACAGAUACUCUUGAGACGACCUCUUGGUGGUUUGACUGGGCCUUUGUUUCCCCGGGUCAAAAUAGACGCGAUCCUUUGCUCAGUCCGUGUUAUGCAAAAAGAGAGGAUCUGCCGCCUUAUAUCUACUGUGUAGGCGCACAAUGGGAUAUGUUGCGGUUUGAGGCUCAGCAAAUGAUUCAUGAGCUUGCUGACUUGGAACAUAAGGAGAACCAAGAUGAACCAUUCGAGACAGAAAAAUAUAAAUGGACUCUUGCCAUGGGGUGUUCACACGGUUUUACGACAACCAUCUUAAGGGAUCCUAAGCGGAUAUCGCUUGAAAUGGCAAGGACUGAAGAAGUUUACAAUGAGGCACAUCAGUGGUUGAUGAAGAAAACAUUGGCAUAA